AAGGUCUUAUUCGAAGGACCAGCUACUUUCACAUAAAGUGCCGAGCGCAUGACGAGGGAACAGUGCUACCCAUUUCUAUCAAUUUAGAUCAGCCGAUCUUGAGGCGAAAGCUAUACCGUCUAAGCUACAGUGAACGAUGUGUCCUGUUUAAAUUACUUGCUUUGAAUAAUUCAAUGGCACUUCAAUGACGUGAUCAAGUCAUCAAAAUUUUAUUUUAAAAAAAAUCAAUUGCCACGGAAGUUUGCUGAACAAAGAUUAAAGUGAAUAUCUUUGGAGCUGAGAGUUUCAGGAUUUAAUCGGCUAAUUUGUUUAUCUGAAGACCAGAGUAUUUCUGAAUUUUCAAGGUUGAUUUUUUUCCGUUAUCAAAAUGAAUUGGACUGGGACAAUAAUCAAUGUACUUUGGAUAAUCUGGGAAGGAAUAGAAAGUGUGGAGCUUCCGAACAAUGCUUGUAGGGAAUCUUUAGAAACUAUCAAAUCUGUGUCAACAUGUCCCUCAAAUACCCAAGAAUACGUGGAAGCAGCUUUGCGAAAAAACUGCACUCAACGCACACAAGACUGCAGGUCCUUCGAAUACCACUGUGUUCUGAAUGAAAGAAUGUCUGGACCCGUGGAAGUGUGUGCUCCUUCUCGCUUUAUUCUAUCGGGGAAAUGCACAGAAUUUAAUGUUGCACUCCAGAGCAUUCGUAAGAGUUACACAGCUGACUGUACAAAUUUCAAGAAUCCAUGUCCCGCAUCAUACAACUCAACCAGUUCCUACUUGUACUUUGGUUCCUAUAAUAUGAUACCAACCUCGGCAACGAGCAGGGUGGAGACAAUGACAAGAACCUUUAUAAAUCACACAGUGACAGAAGAUAGUGAAGAACCAGUAGAUCAACGAUCUGAAAAAGCACAGGAGGGGGUAAUGAAGAGUGAUAUCAUACCCAUUUCGCUUAUUACAAUUUUUACAGUAAUAGCAGUGGGGAUAGGAAUUUUUCUUAGACGAUUAAAACAAAAGCAAAACGGGAAUAUAAGAGAAGUUGAGAAGAGAAGGUAUUCUGAUAUACAGGAUGAGGAUAUUUGAUAAGAAUGGAUCGCCUCAGGUCAUAUGGAAACCUAUACGAAAGAGUGGGCAAAGUUGUCAAAAUCCAAGAAAAGACUGUUUGGUCUGUGCCUUCAUUUUAAGAAAUGGAAUAUGCAAUCACGAUACGACAUCAAUUAACAACAUUUAAACGUCAAUCGAGGAUUUCAUAAGUUGGACCUGAACGUCUAAACCAGAACAUCGCCCAUGAAAAGACCAAUUAACGAGAUGAUGUGUCAUUUUUUAUUCUUCUCGUUUUUCGUAAUAUUUUAUAUAAGAAGCAGAAAGAUUUGUAAAAAUAAAUUA